CCCUUCCUUGGGAGCCCAGAGGAGGUCAGAGAAUCUCCCCGGCUCUCACGUGGAUCCCGGCCCCAGCCCGCCCCAGCAGGAGGCACGAGGUGAGGGCUCCCUUGCCAGCCCCUCCUCCCCACCUCUGUCUCUUCCUGCCCGUGGGCUUGGCUGAGGGUGGAGGGAGGGAGUGCCACUAUUUCCAUCCAGGCCCUCUGCAACCGGCACUUCACGACUCUCCUCCACCGAGGACACACCGCAGCUCCUGCCAUGGACAGGUGGUACCUGGGAGGCAGCCCCAAGGAAGAUGUGGACCCAUUCUACUACGACUACGAGACUGUCCGCAAUGGGGGCCUGAUCUUCGCUGCCCUGGCCUUCCUCGUGGGGCUUAUCAUCAUCCUCAGCAAAAGAUUCCGCUGCGGGGGCAAAAAGCAGCACCGGCAAAUCAAUGAAGAUGAGCUGUAAUGACAGAGUCAGAUGUGUCCACUGUUGCACCAGGUGGUUGGGCAGCCUUCCCUGAGCUGUACCUUUGUCCCGGCACUGCCAGACCCUCCGGCUGAAGGAAGUGCCAGGCUCCACGUGACCCUGGGUGGGCAUGGUCUCCUCCCACCCCGUGCCCCCUCAUGCUAAUAAUAAAGCCAGCCUGGCUCCUUCCCUGGCCUGCCUCCCUCCUUCCUUCUCUCCCAUAACUGCCAUGCCUCACUCCUCCAAGUUGGAGUAGAAUACAGCCUGGUCUCUUUUGGUUUUCAAUUAAUUGCUCAGACACCCAUCUGCCUAUUAAAGCAAGAAGUUCAGUAUGGCCAUCUGUAGGCCUCUCCUCGCCUCCUGAAUUGCCAAGAGCCCAGAGACAGAGGACUCAGCCUGCCUUCCAAGUGCAAAGCAGGGAGA